ACUGGGAAAAUGAUUGAAAACAAGUUAAAAAGUGGGAUUUUUAUACGUGUUUUGGGGUGGGAUUUUGCAUGGGAAUGUGUAGCAGUAUUUAUUGUGAAUGGAUGAAUGAACUACUUUUAUUCGUUGGAAUUUAUCUAGUUUUGUCAGUUUUAGCUGGAGCUUUAGUAGUGGUUGUGAUGUAUGAACAGCUAUUUUUCACGGUUUUGAUUUAGUGGGUGUUUUGGUUUUGGCAGUUUAGCUGGAGUUUUUAGUGGUGGUUGCGGUGGAGUCUGUUGUGUAACAUUGUAUUAGUCGUUGGGGGAAGCAAGUAAUGUAAUAAUCAGUCAGCAAUCAAAGUAUAUUUGCUGGCAAAAGGCCCAGAGUCUUUGACCCCUCCGCCCUCUUUCUUCUUUAAUACACCAGUCUUUUGUCUGUCUGUGUCUGUUUUCUGUCUGUCUGUGUCCUGUGCUGUGAUAGCUAAGCAAAUACAAGCUCCUCGUUUGUGUAUGUACAUAGGUACCUAUGCACUUUAGGGUGUUGUGCAUUCAUUGCUGCCAAUCUGGUUAGAUUCCUACACUACUUGGUUAGGUGGGUGUGCUGUGGUGGGGAUGACUGUUUAUUGGCUAGUUGGUAUUGCAUUCUGCGAUGUUUGGGUCCCUAGGAUUCUAAAACUCUAGCUCACUGGGUAAAAGGGGAAAUGAUGAUAAUGCGUAUUAAUUUUGUAUGCUUGUGGUUAUCAUUGAACCAUUGCUCAUCUCUAUGAAAUCAAUGCCAGGAGAACAAAUACUGUUCUCCCUCGAUGCCCAUUUACUUAAAACUCUGCUUGGAGCUGUUGACACGUGAUGUGUAUUAAGCCUUGCAUGUUUGCUUGAUGGCCAUAUUGUAAUAGAGCUCUAAAACCUUUUUUAGGACUGAACCUUGCAAUGCCCGUGUCUAUACAUUCCUGCUGCUAGGGGGUCUACAACAUCGUUCGACAUUGAAGCAUUGGCUGUUUUCUGAGUGCCCAUGUGUUUGGGUUGGUGCUAGGAACGCAAGGCCAUUGUUGGGUAUUGAGCCUUGGCUGUUCUCGUAAUGCCCAUCUGUUCAGAUUAUUUCUAGGAAUUCAUGACCUCGUUCGGGUAUAGGACCAUUGGGUGUUUCCCAGUCAAUUCUUUGCAUGGGAGCUCUAGUGCCAAUCAUGGUGUUCUGCUGGCAGUGCACAAUUUGAAUGUUUAUCUGAUGCUAAAGGGAAUGGGCAUUGAACGUUAGACCAUUUUCUGAUGCUAGGAAUUUAGGACCUUGUUGUGUAUGGUACCUUAGUAUACUGCCAAGUCGGUUAUGUGUCCCCCACCUUAUUUGGGUAAUGAUGGUGGAUUGCAAUUGCAUUGCUUAAUUUGCAUAUUCCGUUGACGUGGAAGUGAUUGGUUAUUAAACCUCUAAUAAGUUUGGUGUUAGGAAUUCAGUGCCCCUUUUGGUAUACUAUUACCCUUAUAUAUUUCCAAAUCAGUUUUGUGCUCAAAACCUUAUUCGGGUGCUGAUGGUAAUAAUCGUCGAUUGUGUUUGCAUUGCUUAAUUUGUAUGUUUCCUUGAUGCUGAAAUGAUUGGACGUUUCCUGGGAAUUUCAAGCCUGUUUUGGGUCUAAACUGCGGCAUAAAAGUGGUUGUGGAUAGGUUGCUGGAGGUUACAUUCCUAUUGAUUUUUGUUUGCCAAUUUUGAAUGUGAUUGAUUGCAACAUACUCUCUCAUCCAUUUCUAGCUGUCUUGUCUGCUUGCCUGGCCUGGCCCAUUACCAAAACAGCUUUGGACACUUAUAUUAGAAAAGGUCUCUCCUUUGCAUUGGCAUUUACCUCUAUGUUAUUAGUCUCUUUUUUUGGCAUUGGCUUCUGUCUGUAUGUUAUAGGUCUCUUUUUUGCAUUGGCUACAUAGAUUCAUGGCAGUAAAGGUGGAAUGGGGAUUGCAAGAUAGAUACUGAGUCAAGAGGAAAUGCCCAGCUGCUAUGAAACUUUUUGGAAAUGCCCUUGGCACUCAUGAUCAUUGACAAUGUGCUGCUUGCAGCGGUCGCUGCUGCCACUGCUUAUACUCCUCUUUUUUCAAUCACCUGAGAUGAUGCGGGCAGAAUCUCAAUCUCAACAAAAGGUUAAUGCUGAAGUUCUACUUGCAUUUAAAAGUGCUGCUGGAGACCCACCAAGUUUGAAGAGCUGGAUGGGAAGAGAACCAUGCCUACAAUCAUGGAUUGGUGUCCAAUGUUCUGGAAAGUUUCAAAAUUCCACUGUCAUUGCUGUGAAACUCACAGGCUACAAACUAGAAGGUGUCAUUUCUCCUGCCAUUCAAUAUUUGACAAGUUUGAUUACUUUAUGGUUGGAUGACAACCAUUUAAGAGGACGUAUACCCUCAGGACUUGGAAAUCUGAAGAAUUUGACUUCCCUCCGGCUAUCAAAUAAUGCUUUGACUGGAAGAGUACCUUCAAGUCUUGCACUGCUUCCGAGAUUGAAGGAAUUGACCCUGAUGAACAAUCACCUGAGAGGUUCUUUGCCAUUCGAUGGAACUUUUUCAAGGGUCAUGGAUAUAUCGGUGCAUGGUAAUACUGAGUUAUGCUCGAGUUCUGGAAGUUACAAUUUAUCAGUAUGUGGGCCAUCAUCUGCUCCUGCACUAACAUUCACUUCAUCUCCUCCUGCAUUAACAUUCAGUUCCCCAGACAUUCAUCAGAGUGGUUCAGGGAAGGCGAAAUCCAAAGUUGGAGCAAUAGUUGGAGGUGCACUAGGUGCUGUAUUUCUUGUGGGAAUAAUAAUUGCUCUUGUAUAUGUCUAUUUAAUGCGUUGCAAGAGAUUUUCAAGUAGGACUUCUGAGACGAGCUCUUCAGAACCAUCCGUGCAGGCGGAAUGGGUAAAAGGACAUGAGUCUCCCAUGGUGGCAGGUGCCAUUCCUCUCCGUGAGGUUCCUCGAGCAAGGGUAUUCUCUCUUGCUGAGCUUGAGCAUGCAACAGAUCAGUUUAUUCAAAAUAAGCUGAUAGGUCAGGGAAGCUUCGGGCUAGUAUACAAAGGCAUACUUCAUGAUGGAAGGAUAAUUGCCAUCAAAACACGAACAAGCAGCCCUAGUCUGGACUUUGUUAAAGAGGUACAAUACCUAUGCCACAUAUACCAUAGGCAUCUUGUGAGCUUACUUGGUUACUGUCAAGAGAAUGACCAGCAGAUGCUAGUCUAUGAUUAUAUGCCAAAUGGGAGUGUAUGUAAUCACUUGUAUGAUUCUGAUGGGAACUCUCUUGGAAAAUUAGACUUCAGACAACGCCUCUCUAUUGCUUUGGAUGCAGCUAAAGGUCUUGAGCACUUGCAUGCACUGGCACCUCCUCUAGUUCACAAGGGCUUCAAAACCAGCAAUGUCCUCGUGGAUGAGAACUACAUUGCAAAAGUGACUGAUUUUGGACUGUCUCAGCUGCUGGCGGGGAUCCACGGUGCUGGUUCAUCAUCUCCAGUGGACGUGUUCCUAGACCCAGAUUUCAACGCCUCAAGGAGUUUGCAUGAAAAAAGUGAUGUAUAUAGUUUUGGAGUGUUCCUUCUGGAGCUUAUAAGUGGAUGUGAGGCGUUAAGAUUAAAUUCCCCAGCUUCAGAACAAAACCUAGUGAAUUGGGCUCAAUCUCUUCGGGAGUCAAACAAGCUAGUCGCUCUUAUUGAUAGUAAAAUGAACCAGAAUUAUACUGAUGAGGCCAUAAAGGAUUUUAUGGAUGUCGCUUUCCAAUGUUUAGAAUUUAAGGGCGAGCGACGACCUACAAUGAAUGAAGUUAGGAAGGAGCUUGAUCGAAUUCUUGAAAAAGAAAGGGGACAAACAGCAGACACAGUUGAAGGAGCAGCUGUUGUAACAUUAGGUAGUGAAUUGUUUAGAGUUUAAUUGAAAAUUUGAAGGUGAGUAGCUAUAAUUUUCUGCGGCCAGUCUCAGUGUGAUUUAUUUCAUUUCUAAUUUGUUCAUCAAAGAAAUGAUUCUUUAUUGGAUUUUGUCCAAAUCUUCAGCAAGUGUAAUAUACCCAUUCAUGGUAUGUGAGAAAUGUACAGCAUUCUCUAUAUAAUAAUUCCCCACACUGCGGUGUCAUGGUGGACCUUUUGUAUCCUUUUAUUCAAGCAUUAAAUAAAGCAACUGUCUGGGGCUUUUUUCCAGUUA